UCUCUUCAAAAACCUUGGUCUUAGUCACGCGCUCAGAAAUCAACCCCAGCCAUUCUGUACUUGCAAAACACCUCGCAUCACUCACUACAUCAAGCGACCCAGUCAAGCCGUCACACUCACUCCUUUGAAGACAAAAAGCAACAAACAAUGAAGAGCCAACACAUCGCCUUACCGGGCCUCCAAGCCGCAGCCCUCGCCUUCCUUGGCGCCCGCAGCGCCUCAGCAGCAGCAGCAGCAGCAGCAGCAGCAAAAGUCUUUUGCGCCGGCGCCAACAAUAAGGUCGUCGCCGACACCAACUGCGCCAUCAGCCAGGCGCCAGCCCCAAACACCUUCAUGUUCAACAGCAAAGCGGAACACCCCGUCGGGAGCACUGUCGACGAGAGCAAGGUCGACCUGUAUGAUGCCGCCGACAUGAUUGGGCGCCAGAACGCGCGGUUCCCGCCGGAUUACGAGAUGGAGACGGAAAGUUUUGGAAAGAGGCAGGAGUGUGCUGGUGGAAAUAGGGGAGGUUGAGAAGUUGGGGAAGAAAAGGGAGAUGGGAA